UAUCAUGUUAAUAAUAUAACGUUAUAUAAUCAUCAAUAUUGGACACGGUGACAAUGUACCUGUGCAAAUAAUUGUUCUCCAGUAGAAGAUGGGAGUGGGACCCACCUAAAUUUAUCCCAUCGGUAAGGUUUACAUAUGGACCCGGCCUUAAUCAAGCCUUCCUCCCCAUGAAAGGUCAAGUGCUUGGAUUCGUAUUGCUGCGUUGGGAUUUGGUGCAGACUUAGGUGAGCCUGAAUGGCAGGUUUAUUUGCUGUGUGGAUCACAACAAUAAAUCACAUUAAACUUGUAAGGGGGUGAUGGGCCACUCAGGCCCACUUCUAUCUUGAUUUUAUUCAUAUGUUUUAAUUCAAUCUGACCUACUUAUACCUAGUCUUGUGUCUGGUUUACGAUUCUUUUUUAUAGGAAAACUAACGAAAAGUUAAAAAAAAAAAUUAGUUUUAAUGAAAAAUGACAAAUAAAUGUGUAAUGAAUAGUACUAAGGAAGGGUAAAAAUGUGGUUUUUCGUUAAAAGUGAACAGUACCAGUAGUGUUGGGUUAAAACUUUUUUUUUUUUCCUGUUAUUUUUGGAUCGUGAUUUGAUAUGAAUGGUUUUAGGAUCCGACGUGUAUCUUCUUUGUAAUGUUUAUCGUCUUAAUACUCAUUUCUAACUUGUGUUUUCUUUAGAUGAUGCAGGGAUAUAGUAGGCAUCUGAAACUUCUCAUCUCUUUCGAUAUAUCCGUAAAUUGAACUGUCGAUCUUUAAAUCCUUGUAUAUAUGGCAACAAGAUCUAAAGAUAGCAGCCCUGCUCCAGGGAGGGAGAAUAAGAGCACAUCACCAUCAUCAAACACCAAAAGGCUCACCAAGUCCCAAACGACAUUCACUGAAAAAUUCUCUUCAACCUCAUCAGCAAAACAAGUCCCAAACUAUCUCAGGCCGACGUUAAGCGCCUCGAGGCAUGAAAACUCGCUGAGGUCAUUGGCCGCUGGAGCCAAAAAACAUGGCUCUGAAGAUCAUGCAGCGUCUCAAAAACCUACAUUGAAUAGAAGAAGAUCUUUUGACAAACCACCAUCACCUUCUAGGCUUCGGAAGGCAUUGGUAUCCCCGGGAAGGGAAGCGUCACUGCAAUCGUCGUCAAUUUCAGCAAAAACCUCAUCUAAUGCUCCGAGGCCAAGAAUAGAGAGGACAAAAUCGAGCACUUCUGUGGCUGGAAAGCCGCAGCUUUUGCAUGCAAAGAGUGUGAAGAAGAGCAACGGGAGCAGUUCGGUUAAGAAGGAGAGUUCAUCGGGUUCAACAAGAGCUCCGAAGAGUGAGGACAUAAUACAUACAAUUAAUCUCGAAGCUAAUUUAGAUGCUAUAGAGUCUUUGGAACAUCAUGAGGUUGAAGAGGUAUGUAAGAUCUCGAGUGAGGAGCAUGAUAAAGUGAUUCUUCCGGAUCCGAAGGGCGAGGAGAUUGAGCACGUUGGUGAUCAUGAUGCUGGCGUUUUUGAGGCUGAAGGGAAUAGCGGCGAGGAUGAGAAGGUGAAGGCUAGUGAGGGUGCAAAUUCUAAUUCGGCGGAAUUGAAGGAAAAUGUGGAGGAAAGAAGCGAAGAAAGCGGAAGUGUAUUGACCGAAAAAGAGGAGAAGCAGGCAGAUAAUGACCAACAAGAUGGGGAAGAGAAGGAUAAAAAAAUAGAUGAAAGCGGCGAGGCAAAGGCGGAAGAGGGUUUGAGAAGUGAAGAUCAGGAAGCAAAAGUUGAAGUGAAAGAAGAAAAGGAGAAAGAGAGUGAAAGUAAAGAAGAAAAUACAAGGGAGGAAAGCAAAAAUGUUGAGGAAAAGGGAUUGGAUGAGAAGGAAAGGGGAGAAGUUGUGGACGGCGGAGUUGAAGAAGCAAAGCCGCAAGAGGCUGCUGAGGCGGAGUCAGAGGAAGCACCAAAGUUGCGGCAAGCGAGCGAGGGAUCAUCACAAGGAGGAGGGAAGAAGGACUCAGUUCCUGCAUACAAUGAUGUGAUUGAGGAGGCUACAAACAAGUUGAUGGAGAAAAGGAAGAACAAGGUGAAGGCAUUGGUUGGGGCAUUUGAGACUGUCAUCGAUUACGAAUCCAAAUGACAAACCCUAAU